ACCUAACGUGCUAAUGCUAAUGGUAAAGGUGAGUGAACGCUUACAAAAAUCAGCUAAUGUCACGAUGACCGUAUUGAUAUUAUAUUAUAGAUCUAUUCAGCAGAUUUCCUAUUGAUGGAGCCGUAUUGAUGUCCAGCUAUGUGGCCUUUGCUGUGGACUGCGCUGCGGACUUACGCGCCGUAUGUCACCUUCCCUGUGGCUUUUGUAGUGGGAGCAGUGGGCUACAACCUGGAAUGGUUCAUUAGGGGGACUCCUAAACCACAAGAGGAAGAAAAGAGCAUAUUUGAACAGAGAGAGGAGAGGAAGCUGCAGGAACAAGCGGGGACCGACGGCACCCAGGUGCUCAGCCUGAAAGAGAAACUGGAGUUCACACCUAAAGCGGCUCUGAACAGGAACCGACCUGAGAAGAGCUAACUCGCGUCAGAGUGACAGACUUGGUUUUGCAGUUUCUCAGAAGGGCGAAAGUGCACUUUAAGCAGAGGGGAGGCGAUUCGCAGGACAAUGUCACCUCUCUUUGUGAUCACCUCAGCUGCUUUCCCCCUAAAGACAGAACCCUACCUGGAUAAGCUGAGGACAUUUCUGUAGGAAUUGAAAAAAGUGUUUAAAAUGACAUUAACCUUAAAUGAGAUUCCACCGUUAGUGGUGCCCAUCUGUGUUCUGUACAGGGUUCUAGUACAUUGCACAUCAAGGAUGCCACUGUUCAUCGUGCUUUUGGAUUAUAAAGUGUGGGCCCGAUUACAAAGUUUCUUUCGGUUCUCCGUUUCUCUCCUGUGUCAUCAGAAAUCACCUGUCUGUAUCAUUUUAAACUUGACUCAAACCAAUGCUGUCAUUUCUGUAUGUUCAGACAGUUAAUGGUGAAAGUUAAGACUCAGCUUCAGGUUUGAUUUUUUUUUUUUUUUUUUUAUUGUAAUGGAUUUUUUGUUCUGAUGGAAAAUGAUGUUGGUGGUUUCUUCUGAAAUACAAGCUGCUUUAAAAAAUUUCCCAGACUUUUAUUUUGAAAGCUUUAUUGUUAGGAUGCACAAAUAAAUGCAAACCACAUCUGUUGUGAAAUUUUCUAAAGAAUAAAGAAAAAAUUAAUUUCAUGUACUACUAUAAUGGGCAGUCAUUUUUAUGUAUUUCAUCCAUGUGUAUUUGUUAGCAAUGGACCAAAAUCCCUGUCAAAGUUUAAGGAUGAAACAUCAAAGCGAUUAUGGAUGUGGCUUUGAUUAUAGAACAGACUAUCAGAGGUUUUAUUUCAUGUCAAAAGUUUUGAUUUGGGGGGCAAAAAUCUAACUUGGUGGGUGGAGCUUAAGUAUUGUCCAUCACCAUAGAAACAAGAAGGAGCUCAAAGCAGAUACUUAGUGCAGUCGCACAUCCACCUUGAGCUCCUUUGUCACACCUUCAGAACAUCUCACCCCUGUCCUUCAGCUAUCUGAGCAAUUCUCUGUCACUUCAGACUUCCUCAUUUAAUACACAACUUUUUCUGUCAUAGACUAGUUUUCUAAGGACCAGCUGCGGCUCCCUACCUAACUUUAGUGGUGCAACAAAAAUGGCGAGCAAUAUUUGAGCUAUCCAGCUGUUCAGUUUUGAUCCAGAUUCCAGCUCAGAGGAGGAAAAGAAAGACGUACAUAAAUCUAUUCUGUCUGCCAGUGGAUGCAUCAGGAGGGGGGAGAGCAAGGAGCAUGAGGCCCGCCCAGCAUAUUUGCUACGUCAUAAAUACGCUUUUUUUUCAAACUGCCUUUUUUCCGUCUGCCCCUGGUUCACAAUGAUUUGAAUAAAGAAAAACAAAUUUGAGCUUAAUUUUCUGCAUAAAGGUCCACCAUUAUCUGGAAAAGGCCACAAAAACAUGUUAAAAACACCAAAAAUACCAUCAUCCAAGUGGGUCUCAAGAACCUCAACAGCAUCCAGUCUUUACUCACUAGACAGGAUGUCUAUUAAUAUACCUAAUACACCUAAUAUACCUUUAGUGUAGAUGUCUACAGGACGUUGCUCAAUUGUGUUACUCUAUUAGAUGUCUAGUGAUAGAUAUCUGCAUAUAAUGGUCUCCUACACGUCUACCUGUAGACAUCUAAUCUUGUGAUACUUUUAGAUGUCUAUUAGAGAACUUUUUAAAAACAUUCACUUGUUAAAAAAAAAAAAA